AUGUUAUACAUAAUUAUAGAUAUCAACAGUAAACACUAUGAUGAUGGAACUGCUCGUGCGAUACUAGAGUGCGCACGCGUUUGUCAAGUUGUGAAGGAAUAUCAAGACAGAUUUGAGACAUUUGUGUCGCCGCUACUUGCAUUACGCGUUGUACAAGUUACUCUAUAUCUAUGUACUCUUUUGUAUGCGGCUACAUUGAAAUUCGAUAUGGUCACUGUGGAAUAUCUUGUUGCUGUUGCCCUGGAUAUAUAUGUCUAUUGCUAUUUUGGAAAUCAGAUAAUUUUACAGGCAGAUCGAGUAUCAACAGCGGCCUAUCAGAGUGCCUGGACAAGUAUGGGUUUGCCCCCACGGCGUCUCUUAUUAAACAUGCUGCUUGCUAAUAGGAGACCAGUCCUAAUACGUGCUGGCAGAUUCCUUCCUAUGAACUUGCAAACAUUCGUUUUGAUAAUCAAGACAUCAUUUUCAUACUACACACUAUUGGUGAACGUGAAUGAAUAAUAUAAAUAAUACAAAAAUCUCUUCAGAAAUUAUUUUAUUUACGAAAUUAAUAUACAAUAUUGUUCAUAAUAAUCGAUUAAAGUUGUUAGCCGCUCAAUGUACGCUUUCAGUCUGUUUAAAAAAAUCUCAAAACGGUGGAGAGGGCAACACUAAAAAAUUCAAAUACAGAAGAUGAAAUUUAAAUUACCAAUACAUUCUAACACUAAAACCGCCAAUUUACAAACGGCAACAUUUUCACUUAAGUAUUAUUUAUGCGAUUUAAAUACUGAUUGUUGCCAGUGUCAAAAUCGCACGAUUGCUUAAAUUACACGGAUAUUUGCAUAGACAGAGAGAAUGAAUAUAUAAGAGAUACAUUGUAUCGGCUAGUCAUUGGAAUAUAUUUGUUAAUGAAUCCUAUUCCAAAUGACAUUUCUUUCUUCUUCUUCUUCUGUAUGAACUUGGACAUUAUUUGUACACGUUUCCAAAGAUACAAAAAAAAACACAUUAUUCAUUCUCUGUGUCUACAGAUAUUUGAUACACAAGCGUACAGAUAUACAAACUAUCGCAUACAUACACCAUUCACAAUCCCCAUCGAGGCAUAU